UCGAGUGAUCUAGCAGCAGCAAUCACGUGUGUACUGAUCGAGGAAACAAAAAUCAAACCAGCAACGUGCAGAGAUCUGGCGACUGAUGUGGAUUGGCCGACCAAACCUGGAAGUUAAGUUAGCGCGUGCUACCGCACUGUACCGCGCGGUACCGCGCGGUACGGCUGCAGUUACCGCGCUGUACCGCGCGUUGGAAUACAUAGCGCGGUGAUUAUGGGGAAAGUAUUUGAAUCAGAUCGCGCUGGCGGGCUGGCGAUUCAUCGCCAUCACCGCACCGACAGUACUAUCCAUUUUCAAAUAGCACAUUUGGGGCUUUUGUGCGUGGAUCAUCAUCGCUCAUCUCCGAAUCGUCUCGAUCCGCGCAGCUUGGGUGGAUCCCGUGAUGAAACCCACCAGCGAGGAUCGGCAGGAGGAGCUGGAGCGGCGGCUGGAAUCGCUCGAGGGCGUCAUGGCGGAGCUCAAUGUGUUCCUGGCGCGGCUCUCGGCGGAGGUGCUGAGCCUCAAGGUCGCCGCCGGUGCCACCGCGAGGAGCAAGCAGCCAUCCUCGUCGCUCUCUCCAAUCCCGCGAGGUACUUCUAGCUCCAAUCUCUUUGAGCACACCACCAAGGUGUUCGUCUCCAAUCUCGACACCAUGGCCAAGCACAGAGAAUCCAAUGUGGCUCCUUCACCUCCUCCUCCAUACCCAGAUUUGCAAGAGGAGACCAUCGAGAGCUACAGCUUCCACGACCAGGAGAAGGGCGGCAGCAGCCCCUCGGAUCAAAGCUCCAAUGGCUCCUUCGAUUCGCGCAUCCAUCAGGAGCACCACCAACCGCCAAGGAUCCCGAUCUACCGCGGCGAGCGCGACGCCGAGGUGAUCUGGGAGUGGCUCCACAAGGUGGAGAGCUACUUUCGAAUCGGCCAGGCUAGCCCGGACGAGAAAGUGUUGAUCGCGACUUACCAUCUCAAGGACGCGGCCUACUUCUGGUGGAAGAACUCCAGCUCCAGCUCCGCCAUGGUGGGCAGCUGGGAGGAUUUCCGGGACGCGUUCCUCAAGUUCUUCAUGCCCGCGAAUUACCAGCGCGAGGCCAAGUUCGCGCUCAUGGAUCUCCGGCAGCUCAAGUCGGUGAGGGAGUAUAGCUCACGGUUUUGCAAGCUGGUGUCGCGGCUGCCCGGAUUGAGCGAUGAGGACAAGGUGGCGUACUACGUGCACGGCCUCAAGUGUAGCGUCCGAAUGGGCGUGGAUGAUCACAAUCCCCAGACGCUCGAGCAAGCAGUGGCAUUGGCCGAGACGUGGGAAUCCAAGAGAUGGAAAUAAGAAUGAGUCAAGAAGUUCUACCUCUCUCCAAGAAGUCCGAGGCUUCGCGACUGCCCUAGUCUUUCUCCAAGAUCCGAUUAUCCUGUACCACGGCCGUACGAGCAGACGAGCUCGCCUCAAAAGAACGUCGUCGAAAGCUCGCUUCAAAAGACUCUCAAAAACUCUGGCAGAGUCAAUGCCAAGUGAACAUAGUCAAUAACAGUCAAUGACAGUCCAUAAAUGUUGACCAUUGAAAUUUCACCCGUAAAUUAAGCUCAAUUUUGGAC